CCUUCAAGCCAUCUCUUCUUCUCUUGCUUUCUGAUUCCUUCAGAUAAAACUUCAUCACCCGCUCCUCUUUCAAGGCAUGUGUUUCCUCUAAUUCUUUGUUCUUAUUUUCACAGAGAAAGUUUCCGCUUCUGAUGUCACAUUUGGGGAUCAUUCCUCGAAAGUGUUGAAACAGGAGUUGCGCAAAGUACAAGACUUUAUCAUCCUGUCAGCUACUUGAAGCAAAACCAUGAACAGUCAUAGGCUUGUCUCAACGGCACAAGACGAAUGCAAUAAAGGACUUCAUCAACCUUGCUCGUCUUCACUAUCUCCGGUCCAUAACUUUCUAAAUCUCCAGCCAGAAAACAGAAACUCUCCAUUCAUACGAUCACAAUCUCCAGAUUCACCAUGGCCAAAGAACAGUCCUCAAGGCACAUUCUCACGGUCCUCCACCUUCUGCACAAAUCUUUACAUAUCAUCAUCUUCAACCUCGGAUGCUCAUAAACAUCUAGGAAACACUCUUCCUUUCCUCCCUGACCCCUCCACUAAUAUCCAGCCUCCUUCUGGUGUAGAAUCUGCAAGAUCUCCAUCUAUCUUCAGUGAAGAUAUGAGCAAUCCAGUUGAUGGAGACAACACCCUUGUCAAAGACUUCUUUAAUCUCUCCGGUGAUGCUUGCUCUGAUAGAGCCUUUCAUGAUCUUGACUGUUCAAAUGACAGCUACUGCUUAUCAGAUCAAAUGGAGUUGCAGUUCCUGUCUGAUGAACUUGAGCUUGCCAUCACAGACCGCUCCGAAACUCCUAGGCUUGAUGAGAUCUAUGAAACGCCAUUGGCUUCUUCAUCAAAUCCAGUGACUGGAAUGAGUCAAAGCCAAAGAUGCGUCACUGGAGCAGUGUCCACUGGUUCAGCAGCAGCAUCAAACCACAAGCCGAGAAUGAGAUGGACCCCUGAGCUUCACGAGAGCUUCUUAAAGUCUGUGGACAAGCUUGAAGGCCCUGAAAAGGCUACUCCCAAGGCUGUUCUGAAGCUCAUGAAUGUUGAGGGCUUGACGAUCUAUCAUGUAAAAAGCCACUUACAGAAGUAUAGACUAGCCAAGCAUAUUCCAGAGAAAAAAGAAGAGAAAAAGAAUGUUAACACAGAAGAGAAGAAACUGGCUCUGAGUAAUAGUGAAGCUGUUGAGAGAAAGAAAGGGGCAAUGCAGUUAACUGAAGCUCUGCGUAUGCAGAUGGAAGUUCAAAAACAAUUGCAUGAACAGCUCGAGGUGCAAAGGGUGCUUCAGCUACGAAUAGAAGAGCAUGCUAAGUACUUGGAAAAGAUGUUGGAAGAGCAACGCAAAACCGGAAUGCUUAUGUCUUCUUCUUCUUCCUCUUCUCAGACACUAUUGUCAGAUUGUCAAAACAUGUCCAAAACCGAAGUAUCUUCUCUGUCUCAGCCAAAGAACAUAGCUUCCGAAACCGAAGAUGAUAAAUGUGAAUCCCCUCAGAAACGUCGCAGGGUUGAGAACAACACUGAAUCUGAAGAUCCUCCUGAGAGAUAGCAAGCAGGUGGUCACACUCAAAAGUAGAUGUUUGUAAUGUAGUAUCUUGAGGAUGUUCCCUUUUAUUUGCUUGCUGAAUUCAAGUUGUUUAAGGAUUCUUUUAAGUCUACUUUAAUGACAAACAUAUACACUCAAGAUUGCAAUAUUAAAAGGGUGAUUAGAAGCCUCA